AUGAGCCGCCGCCAGCGGAAGCGCAGAAGGGCGGGGGAGGGGGAGGGGGAGGCGGGGGGGAGGGGACACCGGGACGGGGGCGCAGGCGGUCACCGCCAGUCGCUUUUCUCCGAUAGUGAGUACUCCGAUUCCGAGUUCGAGUCGUCGCGCCAGGCCACGCGGCUGUCCGCGAUAGGCGGCGGAGGAGGAGGAGCUCCAUCGGGAGGAGCGCUAGGAGCGGCGGCGCGCGCGGCGUACCAGUCAUCUGCAGGUCCGGGCGGGGGCGUGGGGGGAGGCAAGGGCGGAGCCAUCCCGCAGGGAAUGCGGCCCGGCGGACUAGCCACGGGUCUUCUCUCCACCAUGGUUGGCGCAAUGGCAGGGGGCGGGGCAAAACCUGUAGCAGCAGGCGCAGGGGGAGGGGCAGCUUCCGCGAAGCCCGCGGGGGGCGGGCUGCUGCGGCUGUGGCAGGGGGGAAAGCUGUACGACGCGCCGCCGUCGGGGCAAGAUCUUAGGGUUAGCUGGCGCGCCAACGGGCUGUUUCACGACACUAUAUCGGACGCGAUGAGCUCUAUAACGAGUUUUUCCGCCGUAGGAGAGGAGGACGAUGAUCAACUACUGGUGGUGAAUGUCGAAAUGGAUAAUCUGCCCCCGCGCGCCCCGCAAGCGGACAACCUACUCCCCCCUUCCGCGCUCCCCCCUGCUGCUGCGCCCCCAGGCGCGGUUCCGCGCCAGGGCAGUCUGGGGGCGGCGGGCUUGCCGUCUAUGGGGCUAGCAAAACAGGACAGCCUCAGAUCGGACCCGGGAACCGUGGCAGGGGCGGGCGCAUCCGGGGCGGGCGUUCCUGGGGGAGGUGUAUCCGGGGUAGGCGCAUCUGGGGCGGGGCGUACUGACAGAGACGUGACUCUACUUGAGAUGCUGGCGCACGUGGGAUCGCGGCUGUUUGAAGCCGUGGGGAGCGCGGAGGAGGGAGGAGGCGCAUCCGGGGUAGGUCACAGCGGUGGGUUAGAUAACCCUACGAGGGACCACAGCGGGAGUUUGGCGCGGUCGCUAGGUGGGGGGCCGGGGGAGGGGCGGAGUGUGCGGGCGGGGGGGAGGGGCGUGUCCGGGGAUGGCAUGUCUGAUGUGGAUAGGGAGAGCGUGGGGCGGGGGACGGCUAGAUCAGCGUCAACAGCACGGAGCAGGGUGGCUGCUGCCAGUGCAGCUGCAGUUGCGAAAGGGUUUCCGGCCUUUUUCAAGUAUUUUGCAUAUGGGAUCGACCGGCAGACGAUAGAAGAAGAGGGGGAGGAUAUACCAUCGUGCGGGCUUGCCGGGUUGUUUGUCCCCGGGUCGAAAAAGAAAGCGGUGCUGAUUCGGUGGCGGUAUGAUGUGUCUAAGUACGAUGAAUCUACCGUGGCGCGGCUGAGCGCGAAUUUUUGUUUUUUGGUGGAACGGAUUGCAUCUCUGCCGUCGAUUGAGGCGCUGCCGAUUUACUACCUGCCCGUGCUGACCGACGCGGAGAGGGAGCAGCUAGAGGACAAGUUUUCCGGGCGGCUGGUGCCGCACGCGUUCUGGCACGAGGAGGAAGAAGGGAGGAAGCUUCUGCUGGACGUUGGGGGCCUCAUCCGCCGCCCAGUCUCAGAUCUGUCGGAUGCGGCGCCAGGGAGUGUGGGGAGGGGGGUGAGGAGCAGGGGCAGGGGUCUGAAUGUGCGCGAUCGAACUUUGGUGGAUCUGUUUGAGCGGCAGGUGAAGGUUAACCCGGCUGCCACGGCGCUGCUGCUGCUGCACCGGGGGAGAGGGCGCGGGGGCGCGGGCGGAGGGGGGUCAUGGGGAGGUGGAGCGGGAGGAGGGGGAGCGUGGGGGGCUGGAGGAGGAGGGGAAAGAGGAGCGGGAGCGGGAGCAGGAGGAGGAGGAGGAGGAGGUGGGGUGGAAGGGACGAAGGUGGUGGUGAGAGAAGCGGUUUCUUACAUGCAGCUGCAUGCGCGUGCCCUGCUGAUCGCGAGGUUCGUUGCCAAGAAGCUUCCUCGCCCUGCUCUCAUUCCGGCGUCGCACCGGGGUAGCAGCCACAGCACCCCUGCCGCCACCCCCAAGGCCGCCUCCUCUGCCGCUGCUGCUGCAGCCGCUGCUGCUGCCAACGGCACGGGUGUUUCUUCUGGUUCCCCAACCGUUUCAGCAGCACCAGUAGCAGGAGGAGGGGCAGGAGCAGGGGCGAAUAUAGCGGCAGCGGCAGCAGCAGCAGUGGGGGCAAGCCGAGCGAGACCAGAGGUGCAGCUAGUGGGGGUGUGUAUGGAGAGAGGGGUGGAUUGGGUAGCAGCUAUACUCGGGAUCAUGAUGGCUGGGAGGGCGUAUGUGCCUCUAGAUCCCUCCCUGCCACGUGGCAAGCUGGAGGAGAUUGUGGAGGAGUCCGGGAUCAUGCUCGUGCUCACGUCGCGCCACCUGGCGGACGCGCUGACGUGGAUGACGCCCCGCUCGCCACGUGGCGCCGCCGCCACGUCAGCGUCAAGUCCGCGAGCGACCAAUCAGGGAGGGCCAGAGGAGGUAGGCCAGAGGCAGGAUCAGGAGCAGGAUCAGCAGCAGCAGGAGCGGCGGCGGCGGCACCAUCUGUUGAAGCACAAGCGGGCUGGCAGCUCGGGAAGCUCAGGGAAGGCGGAUUCAAAAGGGGAGGCCGGUGUGAGCGACAGUAGAAUCAGCGAUCGGAGGACUGGAGUGGCGAUUUUCUUCCCCAGCAGCAGCAGCAUGGGUGCCGACAGCAACCACAGCAGUAAUACUUCAGGGGAGGCACGGCUGGGGAGGGCGCUGCCUGUAUGGGCGGUAGAGGAGGUGAUAGAAGGCGAGGUGGAAGAGGAGCGGGCGGAACGAGCGUUGCUGGGUGACUGGGGGCCUGGAGAUGAGGGGAUGACUGGCAGAGAGGCAGGAAGGGGAGGGGGAGGGGCCGGGGCUGGUGUGGGGGUGAGUGCAGGUGUGAGUGUAGGGAGUGCGGGAUUGGAUGUUCUAGAGGGGUUGAGGCCGAGGGCGAGUGGGACGUGCUGUGUAAUGUACAGAGAGAAUGAGCUGGGGCGCGUGCGGGGCGUGGUGUUACAGCACCAAGGGGUGGUCAAUAUGGUGCAUUGCUUCAGACACAGAUUGCCUGCCGAACACUCUGCUGCUGCUGCUGCCGCUGGUUCGAAUCCUGCUCCUGCCACUGCUGCGCCUGCCACUGCGGCUACAGGUGCUACAGCUGCUACUGCUGCGGCGGCUGUAGCGGCUGCUACAGCAGCGGCGGCCGCUACAGCCGGAGCGGCCCCACCAGUGGAUGUGAGGGCGCAGAUCUCUCCUGCUCACCUGCCAGCUCACCUCUUUGAACUCUUCACUGCAUUUGAUGUCGGCGCUGCUGCUGCCAUCUGCCCCUCGCCUCUCGAACCAUUUUCUUCCAACGCUACAGCUUAUAACGAAUCUGCUUAUAGCGGAGCAGGAGGAGGAGCAGGAGGAGGAGCAGGGGCUGUUACUUCUGCUGCUUCUGCUGCUCAUGAGUCUGCUGUGGUGCAUGCACAUGCAUGUGCGGAACUUUCCUCAGAAGCUUCCCUCCUGGGCGUCUCAGGGCUGCUCACGCUGCCAAGUGUCGCAAUGUGGUUGGAGCCCCGGUCUCUCCCGAGCCUGCGUUGGGUGGCCUUCUCAGGCGAGCCCGUACCUAGAGCUCUGGUUUGGCGCUGGCUUCGGGCCGGACGUGUGGUGGUGGAUAUUUACGGAGCUCUGGAGUGUUCCCUAGCUGCCACGUGUGCAGUCUGGCGGCCUGGCGACAGGGUGGCGGAUACGAUUGGCCGGCCACUGCCAGGUGUCCACGUGUACAUUCUCGGGCCGAACCUAGAGCUCGUCCCGAUUGGCGCGGGCGGCGAGGUGUGCAUUGCAGGGAUACACGUGGCGAGAGGGUAUUGGAAGCGGCACGGGGAGACGCGGCAGAGGUUCGUGAGCAACCCGUACGGCAUGGGAGUGCACGACAGGAAGCUGUUCCGAACGGGGGACCGGGGGAGGUGGUUACCAGACGGGUGUGUGCAGUUUUUGGGGAGGUUAGAGCAGCAGGUGUAUAUCCGAGGGUUGAGUGUGGAGCCGGUGCAAAUAGAGGAAGCGGGGAGUAAGGUGGAUGGGGUGGCGCGCUGUGUGGUUGCGUUCAGGGCGCAUGACCCGGGGAGACAGCCGUAUCUCGCUGCCUAUCUCCUGCUUAAACCUUCGCUGGCAGCGGCUGCUGCUGCUGUGGCGGCUGCAGGAGAGGCAGCGUUGGGGGGAGGGGCUGGGGGGGAAGCAGGGGCAGGGGCAGGGGUGGGGAAAGGGGCGGGGAAAGGCGGGGGGAAGGGGGUGCAGACCCCUGCUCAGCAGCUACUGGCGUCGCAGCAAUUAGCAGCAGUGAUUCCUAAGAAGGUCCGAGAGUAUUUCAGAUCCGCCCUCCCUCCUCACGCUGUUCCCUCAGCCAUCCACGUGAUUCACCACCUCCCCUGGACCAAGACAGGCAAGGCCGACCGCUCCCGCCUCCCUCUGCCGCCCGCGGACUCCUUUUUUGUCUCUUGUGACGAGGACGGGUCUGUGGGCGGCACGGGGUUGGGAGCGGGCGGCGGGGAUCCGUUAGAGACGGCGGAGGAGCGGGCAGUUGCGGUGAUUUUUGCCGAGGUGCUGCCCGGGGUCGAGGCGGGCAGGUUGCGAAGGAACUCAAACUUUUUUGAGCUGGGAGGGAAUUUGUUUCUGGCAGCACAGGUGGUUGCGAGGCUGGUUGAUUCUAUCGAGAGUUCUGUUAAGGAGGGUGGGAGCAACGGGGGGGAAGGCGGCAGUGCUGCUGCUGCUGCUGCCGCUGCUGCUGCUGGUGGUGGUGGUAAUGCUGGUAGGAUGCUAGGAAAGGGAGGUGGAAGAGGGGAGGGGGGAGGGAAGGGAGGGAGGAGAGGGGGCAAAGGCAGCAGUGGGAGCGUGGGUGCUGGGGAAGCAGCAGCAGGUGGAGGGGCAGGAGGAGGGGGAGGGGGUGGAGCAAGGGCGGAGUUCUACAGAGCAGGGCUGACGCUGAGAGACAUGUUCAGUGCGCCCACUGUCAUGGGCCUUGCUGCUGCUCUGCACCGCGCUGCUACUGCCGCUGCCGCCGCCGCCGCUGUUUCUGCUGCUGCUGGUUCUGCUGGUGGUGGGGGAUUGGGCUUGGAUGAAGGUUUAGAGGAUAGUGAUGGGGAGGAGCAGGAGGAGGGGCAGGCAGGCUUGGGAAAGGGAGGGGAGAGACUGCUGCGCCUGGCACCUUUCCCUUCAGCCGCUGCUGCUGCUGGUGGUUCUGGCAGUGCUGCUGCUGUUCCUGCUGGUUCUGCAGCUGGUGGGGCAAGUGAGGGGGAUGGGGUGGGCGGAGUGGUGGGGGUGCCAUUGUCAGAGGCGCAGGUGCUGCUGUGGGUGGCGUACCAUGCUCUACCGCACCCUCAGCUGCUGGACGAGUGCCAUGUGUGGCGCCUGCAGGGUCCGGUGAACUUCCCGCGUCUGCAGCGGUCGCUGCAAGCACUGGUGGUGCGGCAUGCAGCUCUGCGCUCUCGCUUCGUUGGACCAGUCAACUUCCCUAGGCUGCAACGGUCUUUACAAGCACUGGUGGUGCGCCAUGCGGCUCUGCGCUCUCGCUUCGUUGUCUGGCACACCAGCAAGCACAAGCAGUCCGGACGAGGUGGCGGUGGUGGCGGCGGCAGGGGCAGCAGCAGCAGCAGCAGCAGCAGCGGCAGCGGUUCGCUGCGGUUGAAAGCGGCUGUGAUGGAUGCUGCGAUUAACUCUCUGAAGACUGAGCUCGCUGCUGGCGCUGGCGCUGCUGGGGCUGCUGGAAACGCCAAGGGCAGGAGGCAAGCAGGGAGAGGAGUAGCAGGAACAGGAGGAGCAGGAGGAGGGGGGAGAGCAGGAGCAGCAGGAGGAGGAGAAAGACACUCACUCGUGCUCGUGUGGAACCCGCUCAUCUUCGACGGCGUCUCCUCAUCACUGUUCUACUCCGACCUCCUCCAGGUUUACAAGGCGGGCGGCUCGGCGGCCGACCUCCCCGCAGUCGCCAGCUACGCCGAUUUCGCCCUGUGGGAAAAGGACAAUUUGGCAUGUGCCGGGCACAGGGAGUGGGACCUGGGGUUCUGGAAGCAGGCAGUGGGUGUACCUCCUCCAAAACUACCUCCCCAGCUGCAACCCAAGGUAGACGACAGCGGGAGCGAAGGAGGAGCGAGAACGGGCAGAGGAGGACGAGCAGCAGCAGGGGCAGGAGGAGCAGGAGGAGGAGGAGGAGGAAAAGGAGGAGGAGCAGCGGCGGCGGCGGCUGCGGCGGUGGCGGCAGGGGGAUUGGCGUUAGCGCUACGGAAAGGGCAUGUAGAGGUGCUGAUAGCAGCAAGCACGAGGAGGCGGCUUGAAACCUACGCCUUUCACCGCGGUGCCACGCUCUCCAUGGCCUUCCAAACCGUUCUGCACGCCCUGCUACACCUCUGGACCCACCAGCACUCCGUCGCGGUCGCCGUCCCCGUCGCUAGGAGACAAAUCCUGCCGCUCCAGUCGGUGAUCGGGCGGUUCUCGGAUUUGAUUCCCGUGGUGACGGAUAUGCGGAAGCAUCUGAGCCCUCCGUUGGUGGUGGCUGGACGGCUGAGAUCGUUCACUUCGUCGAUCAGUCGGGCGUCAUCGUGUGUGUCGUCUCGAUGCGUCUCCCCUUCUACUUCCCGCCAGUAUUCCGCGCUCUCCCCUCGCCUCUCUGCCUCCACUCCUGCUGCUGCUGCUGCUGCUGGAGGCGCUGUUGGGCCAGUUGGUGCUCCUGCUGAUGCUGCUGCUGCUUUGAGGCAAAUCGCGGCUGCUGAUGCUGAUGGUGUGAAGCAGGGGCAGCAGGGGCAGCAGGGGCAGCAGGGGCAGGAGUUUGUUCAGGGGAGUGGGGGUAUGGGGGUUGGCACUGACGUGCUUUCACUUGCUGCGGCUGCUGUUGCCGCAGGGAAGGGGGGGAGGUGUGGGGAGGGGAGCCGGCCUGGUGGAGGGAGUGGAGGGAGUGGGGGGAGUGGGUUGGUGCAAGGGAAGCAGGCGGGAGGGGUGAAGGGGAAUGGGGCGGAUGGGGAAGGAGGAGGGAAGGGAGGGUUCAUGGGAGGAGGAAAGGGAGGGGGGGAGAUGUGCAACGACCAGUGGAGGUCUGAGGGUGUUUCCUUUGAGCAGCUGUUAUUCCAGGUGCGAGAGCACACCCUGCAGGCGCUGCAGCACCAGUCCAUCUCUCUCCGUCUGCUCGCCUCCGCACUGCAUCCCACCGCUCCGGACCCCUUCGCCUCCCCCUUUGCCCUCGCGUCCUUCGCCCUCACACACCCCGGCACCGAUUCCCCACCGAACUUGCUCCCCCUAGAAGACUCCCUAGUGGGGGACCUAGACCUAGAAGCCUCUUCUGCUGCUGCUGGAUUUGCUGCUGGGUUUGGUGCCGCUGGUGCUGCUGGUGCUUUGGGUGGUGCUGCUGGUGGUCUUAGUGGUGUGGGUGGGGUGGGUGGAGGGGCGGAGUUUGGAGGGAGUGUGGGCGGCGGUGGUUGGGGCGGCGAAGUGGCGUUAUUUCCCUUGGGAUUGUCCCUGCGGCCACUGAGAGACGGGCGGCUGGCCGGGCGGCUGACUUACCAGGUAAUUGAUGUGGGGUAUGCUAGGUAA